UUAAUUGCUCUUUGUCUUGUUUCUGCUGACACUGGAUCUAAAUAAUUGGAUUUGUCUUAGACAAAAAAAUUGCACCCAAGUCAGCCAAUGAUAUCAAACUUAUAAGUGCUGGGAAAAUCUUGGAGAACAACAAGACAGUUGGUCAGUGCACUGUACCAUCUGGUGAGCUACCAAAUGGGGUAAUCACCAUGCAUGUUGUGGUGCAGCCAACUUUAGUGAAAGUAAAAACAGAAAAAAAGGUGAAUGAACUCCCCAGGAAAAAUUUCUGUUCAUGUGCGAUAUUAUAGGAGUUUUUUGAUCCUUGAUUCAGAGUCAAGCAGGUGCAGUAGCCUUGGUUUGACGGACUGUCUGGAGCUGCUGGUAGGACAGAAUGAUUCAUAGAACAGUGCUGGCCAUCAUUACCCUUCAGGUUCAUCGGACCUCCAGGGGUAACAGUGCAUGCCGGUGGUGAUAUAUUUACCUUAUACAAAAUGCGUGUUAAUUUGUAUUUAAAAGCAACCUUUUUUCUAAUUUUUUAAUCAUUUUUUUUACUCUAUUUUAAUAUAAGGUUUAUGAGUUCAGUAUACUCUUCCAUCCCAUUAAUUGUCCAUUGACAUUUAAAAUCAUUUUUCCUAGGCAAAAGGCAUGAUGCGUUCGGGACAAUUAUAUUGGUAGUGGUCAGCAAGGAUCAUCAGAUUGAGGGGCACUCUCUGCAUUCUGAUGGUUUAUGUUGUAUAAUUUGCCAAUGUGAUGCAAUCUGGAUUGUAUAGAUAUUUGUAUCCGUGGAAGGUAAUAAAGGGAAAUCUGGUUU